CAGCUCUCCCCCCCUUUUUCCUGGCAGAGAUUCAGUUCUUCAAGGGGAAAAAAACUUGCGGUAUCUUGCUUCUAGCCUGAAGCUUUAAGACUGUGUAGAAUUCUUUCCUCUCUCGUUCUCUAUGCUUCCUCUGCCACUUAAUCUGCUUCUGAAGAAGGAGUUGUUUUUAUGGUCAUGGGGGCUUUACGUUUCAUACUGUGGCUGUUCACCUUGAAUUUCUACCUGGCCUGUGCCUAUGAAGGAUCGGCAUAUUCACCACUGGAAGAUGAUGAGGAUAUAAACGCAUACUCUAGAUCCCACAACAGAGAUACCCCAUGGUGCUCUCCCAUCAAAGUUAAAAACGGACAUGCCACCUGUUCAAGCCCUUCCCGAUCUUAUUAUAAAACUGUGAAAGGGACUCGGUGCAACAUCUACUGUCAGAAAGGCUAUGAACUAAGCGGGGCAUCGCAAGUUAUCUGCCAGGCAGAUAAACGCUGGUCUGGCAAAUACGUAUGCAAGCAAAAAAGAUGUCAACCUCUCACGAUGCCAGUAAAUGGAGGGUUUAAAUGUACAGAUGGGGCAUAUUUUAACUCCAGAUGUGAAUAUUAUUGCUCACCUGGCUACCAGCUGAAGGGCGACAGAGUUGUAACCUGCAUGGACAGCAAAAACUGGAGUGGGAGAGCAGCAACUUGUGUAGAUUUAGAGCCACCAAGGAUUCAGUGUCCAAGUGUAAAGGAGAAAAUUGCAGAGCCUAAUAAACUGACUUCAAGAGUUUUCUGGGACACUCCUGAGGGACGGGACACAGCAGAUGGAAUUUUAACAGAUGUGGCAUUAAAAGGCCUGCCAUCGGGGUCAGAUUUCCCAGAGGGAGAACACAGAAUCCAAUACACUGUGUAUGACAGAGCAGAGAACAAAGCAUCAUGUAAAUUUAAUGUGCGUGUCAGAGUCAGGCGCUGUGCUAAACUGAAUGCCCCUGAGAAUGGGUACAUCAAAUGCUCUGGAGCUGGCGAUAACUAUGGUGCAACCUGUGAAUAUUUUUGCGUUGGUGGUUAUGAACUCCAAGGGAGCCCAGCUCGCGUGUGCCAGUUCAAUUCAGAGUGGACAGGUUCCGAGCCAACAUGCUCCUUUAUGAAAAUCAAUGUUGGGCUGAGAAACGCAGUUGAAUUUCUGGAUCAGUUUUAUGAAAAACGAAGAAUAAUUGUUUUGUCAACACCAACAGCUGCAGAUUUUUACUACAGAUUACAAGUUGGAACUCUUCAGCAAGCUCAGUGUGGCUUAGACUUGCGGCACGUGACAGUCAUUGAAAUAUUUGGUGUAUAUCCAACAUACAUUGGAAGAAUAGGGCGCACGCUGCUUCCCCCAGCAUUAGGACUACAACUCAGAUUGCUGCUGCGAAUCCCUGAGAACCGAUAUCAGAUGGUGGUUUUGGAUAAACAUGUAGUAGACAAAGAACGAUACAUCAUGCCUAUCAACAAUUCUGAUCUCUUCACGCUCAUUGAUGCUUUCCCCCUUCGAAAAGAUGAGAUGAAAUUUCAAGCUGAAGUCGGUCACACAUGUAACUGACAUUUGCUGAACAUAUUGAGUAAAGUCAUGGUGCUGCAUAUGACAUAUACCUGGUGUACAGAUUUAUAAAUGUUUUUCAAUGUGUUUGUGCCUUAUAUCACAAAGCUGUGCUCGGCACUAAACUAAGCAGCCCUAAGGACAUGGAGAAGAGCAAUAAGUCAUUAACUUCCACUCUUUGUUAUUGCUCUCAAAAGUGUUUUAUUAGCUGCCUUAUCCAAUCUAGUUAUAGGGUGUUACAAGUGCCUUCAUUUCUGUAGCCAUCUGCACACAUGAAAUAUGGGUUAUUAUAUGUCAACUUUUUAAUAAGAGAGUU